AUGCUUGACGCAGGAAUCGGCCAGAUAGUCUCGAGCGUCUUCGGAUACGUCUCAAUUGCGUGUUGGUUCGUUGUCCUCAUGCCACAGAUCCACCUAAACUACAAGCGCAAGUCGUGUGAAGGCGUCUCUCUUGCCUUCUACCUCAUGUGGUCGCUAGGCGAUGCCCUCAAUCUGCUUGGCGCAUGCCUCGAGAACAUGAUUCCGACUGCGAUUAUCCUGCCGCUGUACUACAUCCUGACUGAUACAGUGGUUUUGACUCAGUUCUACAUGUACUAUGGCAACCGGCCCGUAGGCAGCGACGCCGAGCAGCAGGCGCUGCUGGACGAGGAAACCUGCCAGGAUAUGCCCGCAGAGUCGCACUCUAAAUCGCACAAGUGGAAGUGGACGGCGCUGGUCGUGGUCCUGGCGCUGGGGUCUGCUGUCAUCGCUGCAUAUGCGUAUGCCAACAGCUCGCAUCAUCACUUUAUGCACGCCCAGACGCUAAUGCAGCUCGAUAUUUAG